UGUCCCCUUGUGCUCUGCUCACACCAGUUUUCUGCACGGUGCUCUCUCUGUUCACAUGAGGAGAGGAGAAGAACAAUCCCUUCUCCGGCUCUUCAUACCAAUAAAUAUAGUCACAUACUGCUGCAUCGUCUCCAUCUAGUAGUGGAGGAAGAGGAGAAAGGGGUAGCAGGCAGCAAUGGCGACGGCCAAGCCCAUCCUGUACGGCGCCUGGAUCAGCUCUUGCUCUCACCGUGUCCGGAUCGCUCUCAAUCUCAAAGGUGUGGACUAUGAGUACAAGGCAGUCAAUCCUCGGACAGAUCCAGACUAUGAAAAAAUAAACCCGAUCAAAUACAUACCAGCAUUGGUAGAUGGGGACUUUGUUCUAUCUGAUUCUCUCGCUAUCAUGUUGUAUCUGGAAGAUAAGUAUCCUCAGCAUCCUCUCGUACCUAAAGAUAUCAAAACGAAAGGUCUUGAUCUUCAGAUUGCGAACAUAGUUUGCUCAAGCAUCCAACCUCUCCAAGGCUACGGCGUAAUUGGUUUGCAUGAGGGUAGGUUGAGCCCCGAUGAGAGCCUUGAGGUGGUUCAACGUUAUAUUGACAAGGGCUUCAAAGCAAUAGAAAAGCUCUUGGAUGGAUGUGACAGCAAAUAUUGCGUCGGAGAUGAAGUCCAUUUGGGAGAUGUGUGUCUAGCCCCACAGAUCCAUGCCGCCAUCAAUCGCUUCCAGAUUGAUAUGACGAAAUACCCAACCUUGUCGCGACUUCACGAUGCCUACAUGGAAAUUCCGGCAUUUCAAGCCGCACUGCCCCAGAAUCAGCCAGAUGCACCUUCAGCAAAAUAAUCAAGAAAUCAAGCCAGUUACAACUAUACGCGUGUAAUUUCCACAAUAAUGAGGAAUGUAGUCUGCAAUGCAUGGAAGAACCUCUCAUAAGUCAUAACUUGUCAGUUUGUCUGCGUGUACACGACUUUGUCGUCCAUCUAGAUGCCAUGGCGAGCUGCCGGCCGGGCUCCGGUACCAUGUAAAAUUAGUAUUGAUCGAUUCACUGCCAGUAAGAUUCAGCAGAAAAAAGAAAGGUGAUUUGAUGAA